AUAAAGCCAAAGAUAGAGUAACAAAUCAGGAAUUUCCCUCCUGCCACUCCUGAGAGCGCAAGAGAGGACAAAAGUUACGGAUUAAGCGCUUCUCCUCCUCAGAGAGAGAAAAAAGCGAAAGGCAGCUAGUUUGCCACAGUUUUUUUGGUCAACAUUAUCUUCAAUCUACACAUUUUCGGACGCGUUGAGGACAUUAUACUGGAGGAAAAAAAGUUGUUUCUGAGUCAUCAUGAGUCUGGAUCCAUCAGCUUUUGCAUGAUGGGCUCCGUUAGAAACUUCCACGGAAUAAACGGCGCACUGCAGGAGAACAACGUUUGUAGCGAAUACUGUGAUUUUCGACUUCUGGUUUUGUGACUUUUCAGCUGGUGGGAUAAACUCUCGCUGGACAUACUUUGUUGCUGCUGAGUUUCUCGAUGGCGUAGGUGGCGGUUGAACUUUUUAAAAACAUUUCCAGGUUAAGGAUUUUGUAUUUAUAAAGUAGAUAGGUCUGGAUUAUGUGCAUGGAAGAAUUCGGAGUGUUAGAAAUACAGUGAAAACCCACCAUCGUUACUUUUGGAGGAGGGGAAAUGCGGAGUAAAAACGGCGUCUAGAAGGAUGCUGCUGCUUGUACAAUGGAAGUGAAGAACUCUUUUGCUGUUGUUGCGGUGGUUUGUCUCUUCUUUUGCUCCAGUUUCAGCCAAGAACUCAACCCCAAAGGCAGGAAUGUUUGCAAAGCACCUGGGUCAUCAGGAUCGGUAUGCUGCAGUGGAUGGGGGCAGCUAGGGGAUGAAUGCCUGACACCUCUCUGUGAAGGCAACUUCACCUGCAAGGAAAAUGAGGUGUGUGUCAGGCCGAAUGAAUGCCGCUGUCGCCAUGGAUAUUUUGGAGCUAGCUGUGACACUAAGUGCCCUGCCCAGUUCUGGGGCCCUGACUGCAAGGGGAAAUGCAAUUGUUACCCCAAUGGCCAGUGUGACGACUUGACCGGUGAGUGUACCUGCAACCACAAUCGUUGGGGACCAAACUGCGAGAAUGCGUGCUUGUGCCAAAAGGGUAAAUGCGAUCAAGAGACGGGCAAAUGCACAUGCCACCCUGGCGUCUGGGGUCCCCAGUGCAACAACAACUGCUACUGCAGCAUCAACUCCAUCUGUGAUGCGAUGACAGGCCGUUGCCAGUGCAAUCCUGGCUGGACGGGAAGGAACUGCGCAAUCCAGUGUAACUGUAACAACUCCCCAUGUGACCAGUUCACGGGACGUUGCCAGUGCCGAGAGAGGCUGUGGGGGCCCCGGUGUGAAAGAUACUGCCAGUGCAUCCACGGAAAAUGCAACCAAGCCGACGGCUCGUGUACCUGUACACCGGGGUACCGUGGGAAGUUCUGCAGGGAACCAUGUCCUGCUGGAUUCUAUGGUCAAAAUUGCAGAAACAGGUGUGGGCACUGCAAGGGCCAGCAGCCUUGUAAGGUGACAGAGGGGCGCUGCAUCACCUGCGACAGAGGCUGGAAUGGGACACGGUGCGAUCAGCUCUGCUCUAAGGGCUUCUUUGGUGAAAACUGCCAGGAAGUCUGUCCCACCUGUAAAGACGGUCACCACUGCGACCCCAUUCACGGGAAGUGCUCUCACUGUAACCCUGGCUGGAUUGGGGAUAGGUGCGAGGUGCGCUGCCCCAACGGCACGUAUGGUGAGAACUGUGAGAACAACUGCAGUCACUGUUUUAAUGGCAUCUGUCAUGUUGUCACCGGAGAGUGCCUGUGUGACCCGGGGUUUUAUGGCACCUACUGUAAUUUGACCUGUCAACCUGGCCAGUAUGGAGUGAACUGCAACCAAACCUGCUCUUGCCAUGACAAGAACUGUGAUCCUGUGUCUGGUGCCUGCUAUCUUCAGCCCAACCAACGGAUGGGUGUGAUUGCGGCUGGAACCCUGGUCUCCUUUUUACUGAUUGUCCUCCUCUCGCUGCUGUGCUGCUGCUGCCUGUGUCGACACAAAGAAGACCACAACAAAAAAGCCAAGCGGAUCCUGUGUGGACGAUUCAGCCGAAUCAGCACUAAACUUCCCCGUAUUCCACUGAGGCGACAGAAACUGCCCAAAGUAGUCGUAGCCCACCAUGACCCAGAGAACACCUUCAACUGCAGCUUCAUCGAGCCCCCCUCAGUGGCCGAGCAGCCCUCCCCUUCCUCCUGGUCAUCCCAAGAGUCCUUCUCUUCCUUUGAGAGUGGAGAUGAGGGGCCAGUUUAUUGUGUGCCCCAUGAAGAAUCUGUGAAUGACAGCAAAGACAAGCGUAGCCCCAGCCCAGCAACAGAAAAGCCAGAGGCCGUCCCUAAUGAAGAGGACGCAGGGGAAUACACCUCCCUAAAAGACACCAGUGUCACAAAACCAGAAGGCAGCGAGCAACCCCUGCUAAAGUCCUCUGACAGUGAAGGCUCCACCAGUGGCUCUGAGUCCACAACUGCCGCCCUCUAUGCCCGCAUUGCCCGCCUCUCCAAGCAGUCCAAGGAGGAUGAUGGUAGCGGCAAGGAUGGGGAUGGCACUCCUACACCAGAGGCCAAGCGCAAUGGAAAACCACCACCUUCACCUGGCAAGCCAAAACCACGCCCACCAGACCCAUCUACUAAGCCCAAGAUAUCAUGGAUACAUGGAAAUACCACAGGGUCUCCCCAGCCAGAGCAGCAGGGGCAGGGGGGAAUGAAGGCACUGGCAGUGCCAAAGGAAAAAAAGAGGAGCUCGAGCGAUGGCUCAGCUAAGAGUGAGGAGCGGCAGAAGAUGAAGGAGAGGAACCGUGAGCAGCAAAAGAAACAGGAGGGGAAGGAGGCUGACGCUAAGACCUCCCCAAGUAAACACAAACCUCUGCGAGGUAAGAAGUCUGGGGACGAGCACAGCAGUCCCAGUCACAUGGAGCACAUUAAUGGUGUUGUUCAGAAUGCCUUGAAGAAGAUUAGUAGCUUUCAUAGCUCCUCAUCUGAGAAGAAGAGUGCUGACAGUCCAAAGGAGACUCCCAAGGAGCCCCCCAAGAGCCCUAAGGUCAUCCAUCCUCAUAUGAACUCUGAGGCUGCCACACUGCUGGCUGCUCAGCUAAAGGAGAAAACCCAAAGCAUCAACAGGAAUGAGGGGACAGGCCUGACAAAGACCAAUGGUCUCUCCACACCCAAGGGAAACCGGGAAAAGCCCACACCUCCGCAGAAAGCCAAGAGGACCCCCUCCAGUGGAUUGAGCCAGCAGGGCUCCACCAAGCCCCUGCUGCCCACUUCAAGCAGCCUCCAGAAGAUGGUGGCACCUGUCACCACCGACCUCGGGACCCCUGAUUCCAAGAGCCCGGAGAAGCAGGACUUGAACGGCUCAAGGUCAGGGGACCCAACGCUGGAUCCUACACCAAAGAAGACUCCAAUAAAAAAGCCACCCAGGAAGAAAGGCAAGGAGGGUACUUUGGAUACACCUGAAAAUAAAACACCCCAGCAAAAGACAGCCAUUAUGCCACCACAGGUAGUAAAAUAAGUGGUUUUUAAAGACAAAUGGUGCAAAGUUUGUGAUGGAUUUCAAGGAGACUAAAAUGGAUUUGUUGGAAGGUGAACCACAUAGUUUUUCAAUCGAGGAAUUAAAACAUUUUCCAGUGUGAGUGUGCUGUGACUUCAGGACCAGUCAGGAGUGAGAAAUGCUUUUAAAUCAAGGGCAUAUUGGUGAGUUAUAUUAUAAUGACCUCUAUACACAAUUGUAUUCCAUUUCAAGAAUCCUUUUUUUCUUUUGUGUAACAACUAUGUAUCAAUCUCACACCACAACCUGUGGCUAAGCCGGACACAACUGUGAGAACAGUGGCGCUCUGACAUAAUCCGUAGUUCAUUCAUCUCUAUUCCUCUGCAGUAUGUCCACCACUAUAUUUAUAUAUGAAUUGCUUUUGAGGUUACAUAACUGUAAUUUGCUAUGCAGGUGUCAGAAAAAUAGCUAUUUUUAUGUACGCUCUCCACAGGUACUAAAGGUACUAAAAAUAACAAGAAAAUUUGGAUCCUCUGAGGAUUGCAAGCUAUUUGUUUUUGUUUGUUUUUUUUUCUCAUUUCAAUGGACCAACAUGCAUAAAUACACAUGUAAGUUAGAUAUAAUCCACAUUGUUGAUAUCAAGACUAUUCUUUGCAGAUGAGGGUCAACAAUAGGGUCUAAAUAUUGUCAAUUAAGAGCAACACUUCUACAGUUUGUAUGAUUUGUUGGAGAACUUUGUUUUUAGCAAAUGAAACUUUUUUUUUUUUUUUAAUUCAGCUAAAUUUGACACCCCAAAGUUAUGCUACUUUUAGGACUUAACAGUCUGUUCCACACUUGUGAGUCACCUUUAAUUCCUGAGCUUCAUUGUUACUUUCAAGGCUCUUGGCUACAGAAAUAUAACACUUUAAAUUUAAAUUCUCAGCUCCCUUUUGUCCAACUCUGUCAGACAUGGUGUGUUGAAGCCCAAACAAGCUUUUUUGAUCUUUCUGCAAAAAAGGGCUAUUUAAAACCUCUUUCAUACUUUUUCUAACACCAAAUCACCAGAAUGUGCUCUUACUGUAUGUUUUAUUCAGUCAGCUAAACCACUAAACCAAAAAUGAAACCCCAAGCUAUCCUAUGUCCUCACUUUAUGUCAUGCUUAUAAAUCACUUUAAACUUACUUGGUUUCUCUGUAGUACAGCAACAUCUGCAGUUUCCCUAUGCUGCAUUUAAGAAAACACACUGCAGGACAACAUCAUCCUGUAAAUCAGGUGCAGUAGAUAGUUUUGUUGAAGUAGUGGCUGUUCGUACUGUUCUCUACAGAUCAGAUUACAGGAGCAGACUGCCAGUGUGUCUUUAUUUGCUCUUUCAGUUUAGUGGAGAAACUAGGUCAGUAUCACCAUCAAGCUUUUCGCAUUUCCCAUGAAUUUGUUCAUGCCAUCAGGGUAUUGUGUGGAGAAAAAAAAUCUUGUCAAAGAUGUUUUGUCCCUUAAGGAUCAUAUUAUCUUAAGCUAGAAGAUCCAUGCUGAAGUAACAAGGUGCUUUAAUUUCAUUGUUACUCAUAGGAUAAGACUAUAUGACUAAAUGGUACCGAUGCCUCGAGUGUUAAAAUGUGCCUCAACUGUGGAUCAGUUUAAGCAAAAGAAACUAUGUUAGCCUAGAUGUUGUUGCCAACCUUUAUUUCAAGUGUUUAUCCUAAAAUAAGUAAACCAAACAAGGUGGUGGAGUGGGAUACUAAAACUGGAUUAAUUCAGUUUGUCAGGAGGACAAAGCUUUUUGUUUCAGUUACUGGUGGAGCUAUUUUGAAAGUGGCACUUAAAACAUGAGCUAUGAACAGUGGAUGAAAGGUUAAAGUAUCCAGCAAGUUAAUGUUCAUCGGUAUGUUUUGGGCUAAAUAAUAUUUUACAUUUACAGCUAAUUUGAACAACUGUCUUGGUUUUAUGUGUUUUUAUCAAGGUACAACACAUUUCUCUGGUUAUUUUUCAACAUUUUCUACUUGUAUACAUUGUGUACUUUUUAUUAUCUUUGUAAGCUGUGCUUAUAUGACCUUUUUAGUUCUUCUGUUUUCCUUGGUGUCAAUGAACUGGCUUUCAUGUUGUAUUUGCCUUUUUUUUUUGGUAUGUUGCUUAUUUUGGGCUCUGAAGCAAAUCUACAGUAUGAGUACUUUUCUCCUGUAAAGUUUACAUUGGCUUUGUAAUUGUUCUCUGUUGAUGUUAUUGUUUGUGUAACACUUAACUGCAUGACGCAGAGUGUAAUUAUAUGGCAUUGAUAGCUGCACAGGAAAUCUGUAACCUUCUUGUCUUGUUCCCUCCAGUUGUUAUUAUUGCCUCCCAUAAAAAAAUAACUCAUACAGAAAGGAUUGUACAAUACUACUAUGAUACCACUGUUGAAACAAUUGCAUAUACUUAAAACCAUAUCAUUAUGUAAUUACGAAGUGGCAAUUUUUUUUUAUCUGACUGGCCCGUGCCUGUUUUUAUAGGCUUACAGUGCUUUUUUUUUUUUUAAAAAGAUGGGCCUGAAAAGCUGCAAAAACGUUACCAACUGUAAGGUAUAUUUUGUCUUUUGUGGUUUGUUUUUAGCAACUUUGAUUUCCAUUUGUGUAUGGUCAUUAAAUUGGUGUUUCCUCAUUUACUUCUUUGGAAUAAAAAAAGCAAUACAUGUA